CUUUCGCAAGAAGAUAAUGGCUUCAAAAUUACGAGUUCUUGUUGGUUGUAAACGUGUCAUAGAUUAUGCCGUGAAGAUUCGUGUGAAACCUGACAAAACGGGGGUAGUAACCGAUGGAGUAAAACACAGUAUGAACCCUUUUGACGAAAUAGCUGUUGAAGAGGCAGUUCGAAUGAAGGAAAAAGGAAUUGCUGAAGAAAUCAUAGCAUUGAGCUGUGGACCACCUAAAUCUGAGGAAACUCUAAGGACUGCUCUUGCUAUGGGAAUGGACCGUGCAAUCCAUGUUGUGGUUGAUGAAAAAGACACCAGCACACUAGAACCACUGGCAGUUGCAAAGUUGUUUGCUAAAAUUGCAGACGAAGAAAAACCUGAUAUCAUUCUUCUAGGCAAACAGGCUAUUGAUGAUGAUUGCAAUCAAACUGCUCAAAUUUUGUCAACGCUUCUUAACUGGUCACAGGCGACAUUUGCUUCGGCUAUAGAACCGAGCGAUGGACAAUUGAAAAUAACAAGAGAAAUCGAUGGCGGUUUAGAGAAUAUCUCCGUAAAGCUACCAGCUGUUAUAUCUGCUGAUUUGAGACUGAAUGAGCCGAGAUAUGCUACAUUGCCUAACAUCAUGAAAGCUAAGAAGAAAAAGUUGGAUAAGAAGAAUCCCCAAGACCUGGGAGUCGAUGUCUCGCCAAGGAUAGAAAUAUUAUCAGUUGAAGAUCCUCCAGUUCGUCAAGCUGGCAUUAAAAUAGAAAGUGUCGAUGACUUGUUGGGAAAACUUAAAGAACAUGGCUUUGCGUGAUGCUCUUAUGACAAGCGGCUGACUGUUUAGGAAAAUUGUUAUUUUUAAAAUAAUAUUGUUUAUAUAUAAUAAAUUCAC